AUGGCAGCGCUUUACAAUAUCCCGACGCUUACCUAUCUCCCCACCCGCCACGAGUUCCUUCAAGUCGCCGCAUUCUAUAAACGAGUCCACGCGCAUCGUCAGCGAUACACUCAUGUAGACUUCGACCAGCCCUUCGAGACCUACCUCCGCUCCCUCAGGCAGAAUACUCAAGUGGACCAAGAACUCUUGAUCGAGGCAAAGAAGGCGGAAGAAGCGGCUGACUUUCUCUUCAGGAAAGAAUGGAUGGGAAUGGUGUUCGUUGUGACUGCUCCUCACUGGCAUAGCACACAGCUGGAAACGGGAUGGAUCAAUAAGAGCAAGUUCGAUCCAGCGUCGUUGGUCAAGAUCUCGCGUGGCUUGGACUUUUGCGCGGUACAUGAUGCUUGGUAUGAGAUUGUGCUGAGACUGAACUUGGAAUGGUUUGAGCAGAUUGAGAAGGGUGUGGAGUGUCGUUGCACGGUGCUGGAUGUUGUCAGGCGUGCUUGA